CGCAAUCGGCAUGCGUGCUUCAGACCCAGUAUUACGUUUGCUGUUGACCGGACAUCCUCAUACUCUUCCAGUCUGGCGUGACUAAACCAUCGCAUUUAUCAUCAUCGCUAUAACAGCGACUAGUGAUAACUAUUCACUCUCUGUUGAUUUGUAAUAAACCAGCUCUGUCCGACGCGGGGUUCAAGAUGCUGCAAUACAACCCCGCAAUGAUGACGAUUCGUCCCUCACCUGGCUGUAAGCCAAGGAUACAUAAGUAGAGGUGCACGCAUCUCCUGUAAGUUGCAUUGGAGCUUUCAUCUUAUCCUUUAAUUCUCUGUCAAUUGUAACUUUGAAAAUGGCUGACAAACUGUAUAUUUCUGAGACUCCCAAGGAGGUCAAGGAGGCCAAGGGACUGCACCUUAUCACGCAGAGCACACCCAAUGGCCAGGCGACACAGAUUAUCUUAGAAGAAUUGGCAGAUGUCUACGGAACUGAAUGGACUACGACUCUGAUCAAUAUCUCGACGAACGAGCAGAAGAAGGAGUGGUUUCUCCGUCUGAACCCAAACGGACGUAUUCCCACUCUGGUGGACAACACGCGAUCGCCGCCUUUCCCUGUGAUCGAGACAUCGGCUCAAUUGUUGUAUCUAAUCGACACGUACGAUAAGAGACACGAAUUCGGUUUCAGCGACGAGCUGGAGCGCAACGAGGCGAUCCAAUGGCUGUUUUUCUGGCAUGGAGGCGGUGCGCCGUAUCAGGGCCAAGUAAACCAUUUCACCAAGGUUGCACCCGAAAAGAUCCCUUAUGCAAUCACGAGAUUCAGAAACGAAACCCUUCGCGUGUUCGGCGUCCUCGAGAUCCAACUCUCCGGCAAAUUUACCGGUCAGCCAAGAGAGUAUCUGGCUGGAAAAGGAAAGGGCAAAUACAGCGUGGCUGACAUCAAGACGUGGCCGUGGGUUAAGAACUGGGAGCGUAGCGGCUUCACCAAGGAAGAAGUGUCGCAGUUCCCGCAUCUCCUGCAGUGGAUUGACCGGAUUGCCGCGCGACCAGCAGUCCAGCGCGGUAUUGGAAGUAAAUAUUGCCAGCAAUGACUCAUUUCCCGGAUUUAGAUAUGAUAUGGGUCAGUCGAUUGAUGGGUGGCCUUGGCCUUUCUUCUUGCGAUCAUUGUCGCGGCA